AUGCAGCCAGCCCCGCGAACUCACACUUCCAUAUACGCGGAACAGGAAAACAUUCCCCCGGCCAUGGCAGCCCUCACCCUCACCCUCCCCGCCUCCCACCACUACACUUCCACCAACCCUCCCCCGCCAUCCACCCUCAUCUACACCUCCACCCACCCAACCCCAACCCCCACAGAAUCCCAAUACCUCCUAAAAAUCCUAGCGACAGCCUUUCUGCCACGGCGAGCUCGGCGCAUACCCGGCCACGACGUCACAGGUAUAAUCCUCUCUACACCUCAGGUAGACGAGCACAGCGUCACGGGUCCUAGAUUCAAAGUUGGCGAUGAGGUGAUGGGGUUGCUUGCAUUUGAGAGGGAUGGGGGUGCGGCGGAUGUGGCGGUGGCGGUGGAGGGGGAGUUGGCGUUUAAGCCGAGGAAUGUCGGGGCGGUGGAGGGGGCGUGUUUGCCGUUGAGUGCGUUGACGGGGUGGCAGGCGUUGUUUGAACAGGUGGGGUUGAGGGGGGUGGUGAUGUAUAGUGAUGAUGAGGAUGAGGAGCGGGAGAGGGUGAGGCAGAGGGAGCGAGAUGAUGAAGAGGAAGUGAAGAGGGUCCUUGUGCUGAAUGCUAGUGGUGGUGUGGGUGUUAUGCUGUGUCAGCUGUUGAGGGCGAAGAUGUUAUUUGGAGAGAAUAGAAGUCAGAGAUUUUGGGUUUGUGGGGUGUGUUCGGGGCGGAAUAUGGGGUUUGUCAGGGGGGAAUUGGGUGCUGAUGAGGUGUUGGAUUAUACGCAGGAGAAGGGGUUGGCGGAGGCGUUUAGGAAGCGUGGGUGGGAGUCUGUGGAUCUUGUGCUGGACUGUGUUGGGGGGGAGUCAUUGAGGCAGGCGCAUGAUGCUGCUGUGGUAAGGGAUGGGGGUUUUGUUGUUAGUAUUGCACAGCCAAUCCCGGAGCGGGAGCUUGAGUGGGAGGGGGUCAGGAAUGAGAUCAAGAGGAGGGCAUUGACAAGUAGGUUUUUCAUUGUUAGACCGGAUGGGGAGCAGUUGGGGAAAAUUGGGUUGUUGGUGGAAAAGGGUGAGCUGAGGGCUUUUGUUGCGAAGGAGAUGGGGUUGUAUGAGGGGAGGGAGGCUAUGGAGUUGGUGGAGAGUGGGAGGAUGAGAGGGAAGGUGGUUUUGAGGGUUAAUUAUUAUGAUCCGUAG